UUACACAUUGCGUCUGAAACAGGUUCUCUGUACCAGAGUCCUACUGCGAUAAACUAAACACUGCUCGAUCGCUUAAUGGAUUAUGUCAUUUCAACACAAUGUCAGACGAAAAUGAUGAAAACGAUGAAGACUCUGAUGAAUGGGAGGAAGAGGAACGAACAGGAGGCACACUUUCUUUCGUGACUACUUAUUUCAGCGGUGUUGUUUCAGGAUUCCUAAGGAAUUUGGGCUGUUUUCGAAGAGUCAACAUGCUUAACGUCCCGUCCCAGUCCUUCCCAGCGCCAGGCUCCCAGCAGCGCGUGGCUGCGGCGGGACAGUCCGGGCGAAACAAAGUGGCUCUCAAGCCCGGCCGCAGCUUGAUGGACUGGAUCCGAGUGGCCAAGAGUGGGCGGGACUUGACAGGGUUGAAAGGUCGCCUGAUCGAGGUGACGGAGGAGGAGCUGGGGAGACACAGCACCAGGGAGGACUGCUGGACCUGCAUACGAGGCAUGGUUUACAAUAUAAGCCCCUACAUGGAGUUCCACCCUGGAGGAGAAGAGGAGUUAAUGAAGGCAGCAGGCAUUGAUGGCACAGACCUGUUUGACCAGGUCCACAGGUGGGUCAACUAUGAGUCCAUGCUGAAAGAAUGCCUUGUGGGCAGGAUGGCAGUGAAGAUUAGCACUGGCACUAAAGCCCCCAAGAAGGACAGCAUGACUCACUUGAACGGUCUCUCCCUUCCCCCGCCCCCUUCGUCCAUGGGCCCUCCUGUAAACCUCGCCCCGCCCUCACCCUCUGCCCCACAACAGCCAGCAGCAGCCCCACCGCCAACCAAAGAUGCGCGGCCCAGGUACGACUGGUUCCAGACAGACGUGACUGUUAACUUGGUGGUGUACACCAAGAGGAAGAUCCCCAGCACGGGCUGUACCAUCGUGGAUCUGCAGGAGGGUGUGCUGCGACUGGAGGUCCUGCUGGGGAAAAUGUCUUACAUGCUUCAUCUACGGCUAGCCCAAGACGUACAGCCAAGCGUUGCUGUCCAGACAGCACCUGCUGUGGGGAAGGUCCAGCUGAUCCUUCGUAAGCAGGCCAGGGGGAAGUGGUCGGAGCUGGGCCAGCCUCUGGACUCGCACGACUCUCUCCUGAGGAGGAAAGACAGAGGCCUCUUCUACAGGGAGUGUGUGUUGGUGUCGAAAAGCGAGGUGAGCCACGACACGCUGGUCUUCCGGCUGCAGCUGCCUCAGGGAACGCUUCUGCACGUGCCCACUGGGAAACACGUCUACCUCAAGGCCCGUAUCCAAGAUAGUGAGGUGGUGAAACCGUACACUCCAGUAGAGCAGACACUCAUGCCUGCUGGCCCCGCCCCUCCGGAUCCCGCAGGCUCCGCCCCCACGCCCCUCCCCCCGGACUCCUCCCCCCAGGGGGCGGGGCCUGACCUGUUCCUCAUGGUCAAGGUGUACCCAGAGGGAGUGUUCAGCCCUCACCUGAACAGCCUUGAGACAGGUGACCGUCUGUCGGUAAGCAACCCUGACGGACCGUUCAGUCUCCGCCCCCUCCGUGAUGUCACACACCUGUACCUGAUAGCUGCCGGCACGGGGUUCACGCCCAUGGCUCGACUCAUCCGAUUGGCUCUGGAGGAUCUGGCCAAUCUCAGGAAAACCAAGCUGAUGUUUUUCAACCGUCAGGAGAGAGACAUUCUAUGGCGCUCUGAGCUGGAUGACCUUGCUGCUAAGGAGGAGAGGUUCCAGGUGGACUACGUCCUCUCCCAGCCCUGUGAUAGGUGGACGGGCAGGAAGGGGCGGGUGGACGCGACCAUGUUAGCAGACCUCCUGGUCCGUCCCGAGGGCUCCAGCUGUUAUGUGUGUGUGUGUGGCCCCUCCCCCUUCACAGAGCUGGCCGUCAGGUUGGUGAAACAGCAGGGCUUCAGUGAAGAAGAGAUUCAUGCCUUCCAGGGCUGACUUCCACCCGUGUCAGCACUGACACCUCUCAGCCUCAGCUUGCUGUGUGUGUGUGUUUCUGUAUGCGUGUUUGGGUGUAUGUUUCUGUGUGUGUGUGUGUGUGUGUGAGAGUGAGUCAUUAAGGUCUGCUAGGUGUAAAGGGUUGUUCUGUGCGGUGCUGACUGAGAGGAACCUAAUGCAUCUGUUGUUUACCGUGGUCUGCCCAGAGACUCCUCAUGCUGUUAGACUAGCAGAGACAACACUGCUCUCUCUCUCUCUCUCUUUAUCUGUAUCUCUCUCCAUUCCCUCAUCUCCCCGAGUCUACUCCACUUCACCUCUCUUUUUCUCUCCCCUCAUGUCCUCUCUCUUUAUCUCUACCUCUCUCUCCCCUCAUGUCCUCUCUCUUUAUCUCAACCUCUCUCUCCCCUCAUGUCCUCUCUCUUUAUCUCUACCUCUCUCUCCCCUCAUGUCCUCUCUCUUUAUCUCUACCUCUCUCUCCCCUCAUGUCCUCUCUCUUUAUCUCUACCUCUCUCUCCCCUCAUGUCCCCCUCUCUGAUUCUGACCAGCCAUUCCUCCGCAAGCUGGAGAAGCACGCACAGAGGAUAUCCAAUUAGUGUCCCAGCACAGGCCUAACAAGCCCUGGCCACAGAAACCCCCCUAAUCACCUGCUUCUGUACGUGAAGCGCAUCCCUCUCCGACUGCCUGUUACACGCAGCCAGGAAGUAGGAUAGCCUAUGAUGCGUCCUCAUGUGCUCAGCAGGAAGUAGGAUAUGGAAAUGGCUCUCUACUGUGUAAUUGCAUCAUUUUAAUUUCUCAGACUGUUUUACCACAACCUUGAAGAUCAAAGCCAUUCAGAGAUUUUGCAGUUCACUACGGUGUGUCACCUGAACAAUUGCAGCUGUUCUAUCUAAUGUAAGACAUGAAAUGACUUGCUUCUAUUUUUAUUUUAUUUUUAAAGAGGGAGCAAGAGAGACCAGCCUUUUUAUUCCACAGCUGUUCAACUUUAACAUCCAUUUUCGUUUUGACAUUUAAGACCACCUGUCCCUUUGUAAAACAAGAAACUGCCAUCACAUUUCUAAAGAACCUAUGCCAAGCUGUGCAGAGCACAAUUCAAGCCCUUUCCCCACAAAGUGAUAUUAUUUAUUUUGAUGUGUGUGAAAGAGUGUAGCCCUCUGGAGUUCACAGGAGCCUGUGUUCAAACGUCAGGGAUUAGGACGGGUUCUGUGUUUACAGCCAACAGGGGAUUGUUGUUUCCUUUGUGAAGGAAUAGUUACUCUCAGAUGCUGUGUGUGUGUGUGUGUGUCAGAGCGCUGUCGCAUGAGUCCAGUGUAAACACCCAACAUUUGUUUGGUUUCAUUUUGGAGAGCAAACCUUUUGUUGUCCGAAAUCUGUCCCCCAAAGUCUUUGGAAGAAGAUUUUUAUUUGGCGGAAUUGUUUGUGGUUUUAUUUUCUUCGCGUCCUUAAUAAACCUGAAGCUCUUAGCCGCUCCAUAAACACACAGUGAAUGACAACAUUCAGUGUUGGCUGAGCUGCAUUGGGCUUGACUCGAAUCAGGAAAAACACACUUCACGCUUCAAUCAUCCCAGAGCAGCAGAUGAACCAUCCGACUGUCUUCGUGGAGGGAGAGCAGGCUGAUUGUGUAGGCGACUGAAGUCGGGGUGAAGUGGCUGGGCCGGGGGGGGUUAUCCUGUAGGCAGAAUGUGAUUGGUCUUGGUUGGACUUUUGAAAUGUCUUCUCCCUCUCCCUUUUUUUCUCCCCCCUUCUCCCUCAUGCAUAUCCAGCUGUGUUAACAUGCAUACUGCUGUACCGCGUGCUUCAUGUCACUUGUGCUUAAGCUGUUUGUAAAUAAAUAAUAGAUGCCUAGAAGACAGCG